GCGUUUGAAGAAGAGGAAUGUAUCAGACAGCGGUAAACAUCGCCGGUAGCUUGAAAACACACACGCACAUGCACCCAAAGUUCCAUGCAGCUCCCGAGGGUUUCAUUGGGAAUUUAAGACAGCUUGUCUCCAUUCUGAUCAAACAGGGUUACAUAUCUCACCAGCUGUCUCGAUGGCUCUCCUGUGCUGUGCUGUGUUGCUGCUGCUGCUGUGUGUUUUCGACUCUGCCUUAGCCACUGUUGUAGUUGACAUCGACUAUGGAGGUUUUCCUCUGUUGAUUAAUCGCCUGCUGGGUGAGCCCAGUGUGAUGAGCCUGCAGGGGCGGAUGGACGCGGCCUGGUUUCGAGCCAACAACCCCCAAGCCUGCCCUCAACAGUGUGACUGCCCCAUCCACUGGCCCACGGCGCUCUACUGUGACCACAGAGGUCUGGCAGAAACCCCUGACCGCCUGCCGGACCGAACUCAAUACCUGUUUCUUCAGGGCAACAACAUCUCGUCCUUGUCCUCCUCUUUUCUGACCAACAUUACCGCUCUACGCUGGCUCAUCCUGGACCACAAUCAACUGCAGGAUCUGGUCUCGCUGCAGAACCAGACCCAGCUGAGCUACUUUUUUGCCAACCACAACCACCUUAGAUCAGUGCCAAACACUCUACCAACUGGACUCAAGCAGCUGCGACUGGCCCACAACCGAAUUAGAAGCAUCAGCCCUGCAGCUUUCCAGAACCUGCACAACUUGACACUGCUGCUGCUGCAGGGAAACAGACUGCAAAUCAUCACAGAGGGAGACCUCAAAGGUCUGUUAAGUCUGAACCUGCUGGACCUCGGUGGGAAUUUGUUCUCAGCUGUCCCCAGACAUUUACCCCCUUCUGUCCAGCAGCUCUAUAUGUCCAAUAACACUCUCUCUGGACUGGGUGAAGACAGUUUUGGGGGAUUUCUCAACCUUAAGUAUCUUCGUCUAAGUCACUGUGGUCUGCAGAGCAGCGACGUCCACCAGCAGGUCUUCAACUUCUCCAGCUUGGUGGAACUGGACCUUUCUUAUAACAGACUUAAAACCAUUCCCACAGUCCCCACCACCCUGCAGUACCUCUACCUGGAGGCCAAUGAAAUACAAGAGUUCAAUGUGACCAGUUUCUGCAGAGAGUGGGGACCUCUCUCCUACUCCAGGAUGAAGAUCGUACGAUUGGAGGGAAACAAAAUGUCCUACCAACAGCUGCCAUCUGACUGGGUCUUUUGCCUGCGAGUGCUUGAAAGUAUUUACAUCUGAUCCACUCUCUGAAUAAGCAACAACAUAGGGUAACUGUAUGUCAGUGGCCAACUUCAUCUAGAAAGAAAACGUGACUCAACCUAAGAUUUUUGUUCUGCUAGCCAACUCGUCACUAGUGAAGUCAAACAACUCAGCCUGCAUCUACAGCUUUACGACUUGAAUGCAUUAUGUGUUUAAGAUGUAGAUACACAUGGAGGCACUGAAAGGAAAACCUACCUUCAAAAGAUGCCAAAGCUUGAAUGUGCGCUAAUCCUGUGUUAUUUUAUCAUAAUGCCAAAAGCCCUGAUCCAAACAUUUCUCAUACCACCAUUCCUUUGGGUCUCUCUCUCUCUCUCUCAUUGCAUUGUUUCCAAGUUUUGCCUCACCAGGGUUAAACAUCUGUGUGUAAUUACCGAAUAGGAACUGUGACAAAACCUCUAAUUUCUGACUGUAGAGAAUAAUGUGCUCUGGUUAAACUGAGUUAUGUAAAGGAAACAUGUAUGAAUGGCAAAAUUCAGUAGCUUUGUCAUGAAAGAGUCUGACUCAGUUAUCUGCACAGUGUUAAACAGCCACACCAUAAAAAAAUGUUCUGACAAAACGAUUGAAACUCUUAAUAUUUAAUAAAGCCCUUUUUGCAAAAUAUUGUUACAUUGAACUUUGAUUUGAAAAUUGUUGUCUAUCAUCCUUUAAACGUGAAAUUUGGUUUGCACAGCUAACAGAAUGUAUUUUAGAAAAAUGUGUUAAUAUAUUUGCUGAAAUUCUCUUUCCAAAUGCUCUGACAAAAAAUAAGUACAAAAAUCCAUGUCCCAGGACUGUAAUAAGCCCCAGCUUACCCGCCUGCCUACCUGUGAGCACACUUCCCGUGCACUCAUUGCACGUCUCUGGAGUCUUCCACAAGCUGCUAUCUUGACAACAGCCACGUUUGUUAUUGACAUUCAUAAUGAUUAUUUUGGGGUAGUGUCUUUGGAGGGAGACCUGAACGAACGGGCUGUCAGUUUUGCCUAUGGUGACUUUCUUGAUACAUUUAGCCACUUUUGGAGCUAGUGCUGCAAGCUACUUUAUUGGACAGCAGUUGGCAACGCUGGGCUGGGUUUUCUGUUGAAUACUUUCAAAAAUCUAUCUCACUCUUGCUGGUUUCUCCAGUGUUGUCGACCCAAGCUGAAACUUGUCAAUACCUGAAAUACAAGCAAUCUAGAGACAACGGUGAUUCACAUAACACCCUUUUUAAUGUUAAAUGUAAUCAUACAAUUGAGUAAAUAUUUACGAUAGAAAACAAGAGUAUUUGACACGUUACCAACCUCUUAAGGGAAGAUUAUCUUCUUCAUCCUCAUCGUCAGGGAGACUUACAAUAGAUAAUGUUAGUUUAAACGUUGUUGCCAUACAGUUCUUUACAGUAUAUAGCUAUAUUAAGUACAGUACAAACAAGUUGCUAUCUAAUAUGCAUAGUGCAGAAACAAGCCAUUAUUCACCGUUAAAUAUGGUCAGAGUUAAAUUCAGGUAAUGGAAGGAGCAAAUACAGACGGGACAGAUGUGCCAGCAGCAGAUGUUUCAGUACUGUGCCAUUUUUGUUACCUUGACAUUUGACUUUAACGAUGCAUUAAAGGAUUUGUAUCUUGGUUGACUUACAGUUUGUGUGUAACAUUUCUGUAUUUUGUUUUUCAAGCCGUAUUUUGUCUUGAUGUCCUCUCACAGUUUAUUCUGUUGAAGGAAGCGACCUGACUGACUCUGGAGAGACGCACAUUUCUCUGUGACAACAAAUAUUGACAACGACUAAUGAUGGGAGUCAAAAGUAGUAGCUUCACUUACAGAAAUUGUGGUUGUUUGUUUUUUUGUCAAAAACCUGCAAACAGAA